GCACGAAGAGGCUCAGGGAUAGUGCCCAGACCCUGAGUUCAAGCCCCAUAAGUGACCUCCUCCCCCCCCCCCCAAAAAAAAAUACACCAGCCUCAUCAGACCCUGACUGCUGGGUAAUAAGAAUACACCAGGAUCUCACCUGGUAAGACUGAGGAUGAGGGUUUGGAGGUUCCUUGGUAAAUGUGUUCCCCUGGCCCCUUCCUCAAUACCUCUGGCCAGCUUUGGCACUAAAUCCUGGCUGUGGUUGGCUACUUACUUCCCUCUAAAACCCUCAGAGUUCCCCGCUGAUGGCAGAAGGCUGCUUCACCAGCCCUGGGUGUCCCAGGCCCCCUGUAGUGGCCUCCAGAGGUGUGUUUGAUGAGCUCCGACUUCCUGUUCCAAACUCUCCUUGCCCACCUUUCCCUCUGCAGCUCUGCCCUUUGCCCUCCAGCAGCUGGAGCUGUUUCUCUGGGUACUUGGGGCUUUCGACACUAUCAUGGUUUCUGAUUCCUACCGGGCUGCAGGCUCCUCCCUGGUGGAUCUGUGUCUGCUUACAGCCUGAGAUUUGUUCAGUGCUUGCUGAGUGAGAGAAGGGUAGCAGUGGAAUGGACUGGUGACAGCGGUGACUGGCUGAUACUCACAAGAACAUGCCUCUGGCCAGGGCUCUGCACUGUGGGAUUGUGGGCCCCUUCUUCGCAUCCUUGAGAAGCCACAGCUUGUAGCUCCUGUUUCCCUUUGUGCAGAUGAGAAAGCAGAACACAUCAGAGUCCUACAUACACCAAGGCUAGCCCAUCUGCCACUCCAGUCGAUUCUCUCAGGGAACCUCCUGCUGCUGGCAUCAUGACAGUGAAGGGGGCUGAGCUGGCCCCAGACCCGGCAUCGGCCACCACUGCAGCGGCCCCGCCCAGCGUUACAGCGACCCCUGAGGGCAGCCCCACAGCCAUGGAGCAGCCUGUGUUCCUGAUGACCACCGCUGCCCAGGCCAUCUCUGGCUUCUUCGUGUGGACAGCCCUGCUCAUCACCUGCCACCAGAUCUACAUGCACCUGCGCUGCUACAGCUGCCCCAACGAGCAGCGCUACAUCGUCCGCAUCCUCUUCAUUGUGCCCAUCUAUGCCUUCGACUCCUGGCUCAGCCUGCUCUUCUUCACCAACGACCAGUACUACGUGUACUUUGGCACAGUCCGCGACUGCUAUGAGGCCUUGGUCAUCUAUAACUUCCUGAGCCUGUGCUAUGAGUACCUCGGGGGAGAGAGUUCCAUCAUGUCCGAGAUCAGAGGGAAGGCCAUUGAGUCCAGCUGUAUGUACGGCACCUGCUGCCUCUGGGGAAAGACCUACUCCAUUGGAUUCCUACGCUUCUGCAAACAGGCCACCCUGCAGUUCUGCGUGGUGAAGCCACUCAUGGCCGUCAGCACUGUGGUCCUCCAGGCCUUUGGCAAGUACCGGGAUGGGGACUUUGAUGUCACCAGCGGCUACCUCUACGUGACCAUCAUCUACAACAUCUCCGUCAGCCUGGCCCUUUACGCCCUCUUCCUCUUCUACUUCGCCACGAGGGAGCUGCUCAGCCCCUACAGCCCUGUCCUCAAGUUCUUCAUGGUCAAGUCUGUCAUCUUUCUCUCCUUCUGGCAAGGCAUGCUGCUGGCCAUUCUGGAGAAAUGUGGGGCCAUCCCCAAGAUCCACUCAGCCCGCGUGUCAGUGGGCGAGGGUACGGUGGCAGCCGGCUACCAGGACUUCAUCAUCUGUGUGGAGAUGUUCUUUGCAGCCCUGGCCCUGCGGCACGCCUUCACCUACAAGGUCUAUGCUGACAAGAGGCUGGAUGCACAAGGCCGCUGCGCCCCCAUGAAGAGCAUCUCCAGCAGCCUCAAGGAGACCAUGAACCCGCACGACAUCGUGCAGGACGCCAUCCACAACUUCUCGCCUGCCUACCAGCAGUACACGCAGCAGUCCACGCUGGAGCCCGGGCCCACCUGGCGGGGCGGCGCCCACGGCCUCGCGCGUUCCCACAGCCUCAGCGGUGCCCGAGACAAUGAGAAGACUCUGCUGCUCAGCUCUGACGACGAGUUCUAGGCAGGGCACGG